AAAACAGUUGUUGUGUGUUUUGUUUGCAGGCUGCAGAGGGUCGAGCUGAGGCAUCUCGAGGAGGACUGUGUCUGUAGAAUCUUCUCCGAGCAUUGUUCGCUAGUUUUUGAUCAACUUUGCAAACACAGCAGUUCAAACUGUCUUCAAGAUGGCUCAAGAGCAGCGCUCUCGCGCCGCUUUUGUCAAAUUCAGUGACAAGAUCCUGGACAAGAUUCUAGUGCACAAGCGCCAGGAGAAUCGGAAGUCGAAGCGUCAACCAAAUCUUGUGGAGGGAGUGGUGAUGCGGGAUUACCAGAUUGAUGGGCUAGACUGGUUGGUGGCUUUAGAUAAGAAUGAUGCCAAUGGUAUUCUCGCUGACGAAAUGGGUCUUGGUAAAACUCUUCAGUUUAUAUCUAUGAUAGCUUACUUGUUGGAAGAGGGCAAUGGAAAAAGUGAUCAUUUCCUUGUCAUUGGCCCAUUAUCAACUUUGCGAAACUGGGUAGAUGAAUUCAAGAAAUUCGCACCAAAAAUUCCAGUCAUACUGUAUCAUGGAAGUGCAGAUGCAAAAAAAGCCAUGAGAGAUAAUAUCUCAUGUUUGAACAAGGUGAACAAUACAAUAAAAACAUUUCCAGUUGUCAUCACGUCUUAUGAGACCCUUCACCAUGAUAAAUAUUUACGUUCUAUCAAAUGGCGAUACCUUGUUGUUGAUGAAGGACAAAGAUUAAAGAAUCCAAAUUGCCUUCUUGUCAACAUACUGGAGAGAUUUAAUUUCAAGAAUUGUUGCUUGCUUACUGGAACUCCAGUGCAAAAUAAUUUAACUGAGUUGUGGUCACUCUUACACUUUAUUCUCCCAAGCAAAGUUCCUGAUCUUGAUGUAUUUUUAAGGUGGUUUGAUUCUUCUUUUCUUUGGGAAGCAGAAAAAAAUGAAAAUGUUGUUCUAGGUGAGGAAAACAGUAAGUCCUUCAAUACACUCCAUAAGGUUUUAAAGCCUUUUAUUCUCCGAAGAAUAAAAGCUGAUGUUGGCUUGAAUAUACCACUCAAGAAGGAAAUUAUUGUACAUGCCACAAUGACAAAGUGGCAAGACAGGCUUUAUUCAGCUGUUGUUGAUAGGACUCUCAGGAAGUUACAGGGCUUGAACAAAGAUUUAGAUUGUCCAAAUGCUCUUGCAAGGGCUAUUCGUAUAAACAAUCUGAAAUGUAAAAGUGAAUCGGAAGCCAUGAAUGAUAAGGAAAAUCAACCUAAUGAGGCUGAGACAUUGGCGGCUAAAAGACCACGAAGAAGGUACGCAGCUAAACCAGGGGACUAUUAUUUGCUGCAGAAGGGUGUACCAAGGGAUACCAUUCGAAUGCAGUUUAAGGAUGACCAAGACAGUUCUGAAGACUUAGUGGUAGACAAACUUUUAGAGGGACUAGCACAACCAGAUGAGGAAUUUGUCACUCAAAUAAAAGUAGAUAAUCCUAUGCAAGCAUUAAGAAUGAUAUGCUCUCAUCCGUACACGGUCAGUUAUCCUGCAAUACCUGGUACUCGAAUGUUGAAAAUUGAUGAGAGGGUUGUAGAACGCUCUGGAAAGAUGCAGAUUCUUGAUGCUAUGCUGCAGCGUCUUAAAGCUAAUGGACACAAGGUUUUGAUAUUUUCAGUUUUUACUAGGAUGCUUGAUGUUAUUGAAGAUUAUCUAGAAAUAAAAGGGUAUUUGUAUACCAAAUUGGAUGGACGUUGUGACUUAACUGACCGACAAGAAAGCAUCCAAAAGUUCACAACAGAUGACAAUGUGUUUGUUUUCCUCAUUUCUACACGGGCUGGUGGCCUUGGAAUAAAUUUAAUGGCUGCUGAUACAGUCAUAAUUGUUGAUAGCGAUUGGAACCCACAGGUUGACCUACAAGCACAAGACCGUUGCCACCGUAUUGGUCAAACCAAGCCAGUUGCUGUUUACCGACUGGUCGUUAAAGGAACAAUUGAUGAGCACAUAGUAGAUCGAGCUGAGACUAAGAAGCAAUUAGAUAGAGUUGUUAUUCAACAUGGAAAAUUUAAAAAUUUGGACAAGCAUGAGUCCCUUAAUAUGGAAGAAUUACUUGAAUUUCUGCAAAAGUCAAGAGAUGUGUACAAAUUUGAUAUGGGCAGAGGCUUAGGUUACACUAGUCAGGAACUUGAUGCACUGUGUGAUAGAGCUACGGUGUUUAACACAGUCAAGAAAGAAGAUGCAUCUUCCUCUUAGGCUGAUGGAUGAAGAAAACACAAACAAGGAACUACCUCAACAAUGGAUAUGAUUAUCUAUCUAGUUUAUAUUUUGUUUGAAAAGUCAGUAUAAAUAAUCCAUUUUUUUUUUAAAUGGAUUUUUUUGUUCAAUGACAGUAACAUGAUUUUAAUUCUUUGCCAUUGCCCUGUACAUGGUGCACUUUUUAUUUCUAUGAAGUUUUGUAAUAGUUUUAGAUUAAUGACUGUAAACAUGACUUUAAUUUUUGUGCAGUUUGACACACAGUGGCGCUUUUGGUUUUUAUGAUUAUUUUGUAACAGUCAAUUCGUUUUGGUUCCUUGUAUGUCUAAAUUUACGUGCAGUAUUUUUGUUUGUAUCAAGUAUGUGGUACUUUUCUGUAAAACAACAUAAAUAAUAUGUAAAUCUAGCCUGUGAAUCAGAAGGGAAUAAACAAAUGUUACACAGCAAUAACAACUGA